AUGGUCGCACUCGCAGUGUCGCUGAUUAUACUGGUGUUUGCACGCUUGUUUUGGAACCAUUUCUGCCUGGGAUCUAUCCCAGGUCCAUUACUUGCUGGUAUUUCUGGACUCUGGCGAACAUGCGCUCGAAAUUCGUCCGACUACGGUCGACGCUUGGCUGAACUGCAUCAAAAGUAUGGCAAGAUGGUGCGCGUUGGGCCGAACGCGAUCAGUGUUUCUGACCCAGCGGUCUUCUGUCAAAUCUCAAGCGCCUGCGCAGGGGAGAAAAGGGCGUUUCUGAACGAUACCAUGUCCAUACGCAGCCAAACUAUGCCCACGAACCAGAUUCAACGGCCAGCUAUGGGCGAAACGAUCGAGUCCCGAUUUGGUUUCGAAGAAAUUCGUGAAUGUGAGGGUCUUAUUGACCGGCUAAUAGUUGGACUAGCAACAGCUAUUCGAAGACACCGGACCUUAGAUAUAACGACGUCUUUUCAGUUCUUCGCUGCCGAAUUCGUUGGUCAGAUGGUGGCUGAUGAUAAUAUGAAAGGAACAGGAGAUAUCCUUGGCACACUUGCCUCAUCGCGUCUCUCUCAAGACUAUACAAGAGUCCAGACGGCUUUGCCAAUGAUGGAAUACCUCCUCUUGAAGAGUCCGGUAGCAAAACUGAAGAGAGACCGUUGCCAUGAUCUGGCAUAUGCUUCUUACAGUUCCCAGAAGCAGGUAUCCUACAUCCCAUCUAGUAAUGCUGGCUCUGCUACCCCAGGACUAUCUUUGUUCACGAGCAAUACUUUACUGUGUGGCGAGCCCUCCUUUGUUGCAGCCGGAGCAGCAAGCCUAUCGAAGGCCUUUCCCACCGCAUUCUUUCUUCUCAUGAAGCACCCAACGGUCAUAUCAAAACUACAGAACGAAAUAGACAUUGCGGUUCAUCGUGGUGCCCUAUCUGAUCCACCUCGAUGGGUAGAAACGAACCGGCUCCAGUACCUAGACGCCGUCCUCAAGGAGUCGAUGCGACACACUCCUGCUAUGUCGUUUGGUCUGGAAAUAGUUGUUCCCGCAGGUGGGGUCAUAGUUGAUGAUCGAUAUAUACCGGAAGGAACCAUGUUAGAAUGUCACAUAGAAGCCCUCAGGAGGGACAAGACUGUCUAUGGCGAAGAUGUCGAGUUGUUUCGACCGGAGCGCUGGCUCACUACCGAUACUCAGCACCGUCGACGCAUGGAGCAGGCGCUAUUGGAAUUUAAUGUCAGCAGACGCAUAUCUCCAGGGAUUUAUGUGUCAUGGCUGGAGCUGAAGAAGGCAGCCGCCUUUAUCAUCAUGAAUUUCGAUAUAAACCUCCUUACUGACGGACAACAUGAAAUUGAUGCUAAAACUUACGAUGACUUACCACCGAUGAUAAUGAACUUUACGCAGAGGGCGUACUAA